UCUGCGCCGGCAGGCCGGGCGCCGGGCCGGGCCCUGAGCCGCCCGUCCGGGCGCGGCGAACAGCCCCGGAACAGGUGCCGAGGAGCCCGCGGAGCCCCGGAGCCGCCGCGGGGGAAAGGGGGCGGCGGCGGCGGCCGAGGAUGGGGAUCCUCUUCACCAGGAUCUGGAGGCUGUUCAACCACCAGGCGUCUGGCCCCACCUCAGGCUUCCUGUUCCAACUGAUUUCCUAGCGUCUGCUGGGCUGGCAGCGCCACACCUGAAACAAAGCUGCCUAGUUAUGUGGGGUCAGAGCACAAAGUAAUCAUUGUUGGCCUGGAUAAUGCAGGAAAAACAACCAUUCUUUAUCAAUUUUCUAUGAAUGAAGUGGUACAUACGUCACCUACAAUAGGGAGUAAUGUAGAAGAGAUAGUGGUUAAUAACACACGUUUUCUAAUGUGGGAUAUUGGAGGGCAGGAGUCUCUUCGAUCUUCGUGGAACACCUACUAUACAAACACUGAGUUUGUGAUAGUUGUUGUGGACAGCACAGACAGAGAGAGAAUUUCUGUAACUAAAGAAGAACUGUAUAAAAUGUUGGCACAUGAGGACUUGAAGAAAGCAGGUUUGCUGAUCUUUGCUAACAAGCAAGAUGUUAAAGAGUGUAUGACAGUAGCGGAAAUCUCUCAGUUCCUGAAACUAACUUCAAUUAAAGAUCACCAGUGGCACAUUCAGGCAUGCUGUGCUCUAACUGGAGAGGGACUGUGCCAAGGACUCGAAUGGAUGAUGUCAAGACUUAAAAUCAGAUGAUUUUUAAUGACCUAUUUGCACAGACAUUGCUUAAAAAAAAAAAAAAAAAAAGCUGUACCCAUGAUUACCUUGACAGUGGCAGAAUUAAUGGGUUAGAUGUAUUUAUAAUGAACUGAUUUCAACUUCAUUUUCUACGUAGAUACAAACACAUAUAUAAAUUAAGACCAUUCAGCAAAAAGAAAGAUGCAAUUGAUGGUUUGGUUUCCUGUUUGUUUUCCUCUGGGGAUGCAUAUAAAAGCUGUGAUCAACCUUCUUUUCAACAUACAGCCACUCAGAACAGUCUGAUGCUGAGCAUGGUGAAGAUGAAGGGAGAGGAAGGAGCUUUUGAGUUUUAUUAUUCCAUUGUAGUCCUCUCUAGUUGAAGAUGUUGGCUUUAUUAUUCCAGUAAAUUAGCAAGCAAAUCAAUGACAUAGAUAUCAACUUUCCAGUAUUUUUAAAGUUACUGAUGUUACAAAUGCAAAAAUAUUUUCCUGUAUGUGUACUGUACAUAUUUGUGUAUAUUUAUACCUCAAUUUUAGGUUAAUUGCAAUCUGUUCAAACCAGUGUGUAAAACUGAAUCAAUAUGUUGACAAUAGUACUAAUAUUUGACAUUUCCAACGUCACGACUUUUCCCUUUUGUUAUCUGUAAAGUUGUAAUGUCUAUUAGACAGCUGACUCACCACAACUUUAUAAAGCAAACUCUCAAGACAA